GGCUCCCCAACGUUUGCUCAGGCAGAGAGGGAGCAGAAUUCAAGAACAAGUGCAAAAGCUCUCUAUGAACAAAGAAAGAAUUAUGCACGAGACAGUGUCAGCAGCAUAUCUGAAACAUCACAGUACCAUGUAGAGCACCUGACCACCUUUGUUCUGGACCGGAAAGAGGCAAUGAUUACAGUGGAUGAUGGAAUAAGGAAGCUGAAAUUGUUGGAUGCCAAAGGCAAAGUGUGGACUCAAGACAUGAUUCUUCAAGUGGAUGACAAAGCUGUCAGCUUGGUGGACUUGGAAUCAAAGAAUGAACUGGAGAAUUUUCCUCUAAGCACAAUUCAGCAUUGCCAAGCUGUGAUGAAUGCAUGCAACUACAAUUCAAUUCUUGCAUUAAUAUGUAAAGAACCGACCCAAAACAAGCCUGAUUUGCAUCUUUUCCAGUGUGAUGAAAUUAAGGCUACUCUUAUUCAUGAAGACAUUGAAAGUGCAAUCAGUGACAGUAAAAGUGGGAAACAAAAGAAGAGGCUUGAAACACUGAGGAUGAUAUCCAAAGCUGACAGUGCCAUCCCUCCACCCCCACGGGCUCCUGCCCCCGUGCCCCCAGGGACGGUCACCCAGGUGGACGUGCGGAGCCGCGUGGCAGCGUGGUCGGCGUGGGCCUCGGAGCAGGGGGAAUAUGAAAAGCAGAGACAAUACCACGAGCAGGAAGAGACAGCAGAGAUGAUAGCAGCCAGGAUUGACAGAGACGUUCAAAUUCUGAACCAUAUUUUGGAUGACAUAGAGUAUUUUGUUACCAAACUUCAAAAAGCUGCUGAAGCAUUUGCUGAACUUUCAAAGAGGAAGAAAAGUAAAAAAAGCAAAAAGAAAGGACCUGGAGAGGGUGUUCUCACUCUCCGUGCAAAGCCACCACCUCCAGAUGAAUUUGUUGACUGCUUCCAAAAAUUCAAGCAUGGCUUCAAUCUUCUGGCCAAGUUGAAGUUCCAUAUCCAAAAUCCUAGUGCAGCUGAUCUUGUUCAUUUUCUCUUUACCCCACUACAUAUGGUGGUACAGACAACAGGAGGUCCAGAGCUUGCUAGCACAGUGCUCAGCCCUCUCCUGACAAAAGACACCAUAGACUUCCUGAGAUACACCAUCACCAGCGAGGAGGGACAGCUCUGGAUGUCCCUGGGUGAUUCAUGGACCAAAGCCAGAGCUGAAUGGCCCAAAGACCAUUUCAUCCCCCCGUACGUCCCCCGUUUCCGAAAUGGUUGGGAGCCUCCCUUGCUGAACUUCAUGGGAGCUCCAAAGGAGCAGGAUCUCAACCAUUUGGCUGAGUCUGUGGCCAACGUGGCAGAGCAGCAGAGGAAGCAAGAGAUGAAGAGACUGUCAAGUGAGCCUCCCGGCGUUCCCGACUAUCCCCCGGCGGAUGGGUAUGCAUUCAGUAACACGGUGUACAAGAGAGGGACUCUGCUGGACCAGGGGGCAGCUGUGGCUGCCUUUAAACAAACUGUUAGCCGACAUGUAGAUAGGAACUAUGAAGCACACAAUAAAACACAGGGCAAGAAAUAUGCCAAAUGCAAGUACGAAUUCGUGGCAAGAAACAACAGUGAGCUUUCUGUCAUGAAAGAAGAGAUUGUGGAGAUUCUGGAUGACAGAAAGCAGUGGUGGAAGGUUCAGAACAAAAGUGGCAGCACAGGUUUCGUGCCAAACAACAUUUUGGACCCUCUGAGGAGUGCAGAAGGCGGUCAGGGAUGGCCAGAACCUGCCUACACCCGCACCAUCCAGCUGUUGAUGCCAAAGAAGGAGUUUGAAUUAUUUAAGAAACAAAGGACGGACUAUGUGGCGAAACAACCCGAGCCGGUUCCCGCCACCCCCUCGCCGCCCCCCACGCCCGCUCCCGUGCCCGUGGCUGUGCCCUUGCCCCCCAGUGCCCCUGCUCCCAUCCCAGUCCCCGUGCCCAAGGCGCCGGUCUCCGUCAGCCGCCAGAGCAGCACCUCCAGCGACAGCGGCAGCAGCGCGGCCCGCGACACCCAGCGGCAGAAGCAGAUUCCCGUGGAUCGCAGGAAAUCCCAGAUGGAGGAGGUGCAGGAUGAGCUUGUUCACCGGCUCACCAUCGGCAGGAAUGCUGCCCAGAGGAAAUUCCACGUGCCACGGCCCAACAUCCCAGUGGUGAACAUCACCUACGACUCCUCUCCCGAGGAUGUCAAAGCCUGGCUGCAGUCCAAAGGAUUCAACCCUGUGACUGUGAACAGCCUCGGUGUGCUGACAGGGGCUCAGCUCUUCUCCCUCAAUAAGGAGGAGCUGAGAACUGUUUGCCCAGAAGGAUCAAGAGUCUACAUCCAAAUUACGGUACAGAAAUCUGCCUUGGAGGCUAGCAGUGGGAGCUCAGAACUGCAAGAGAUUAUGAGAAGACGGCAAGAAAAAAUCAGUGCAGCUGCCACAGAUUCAGGUGUGGAGUCUUUUGAUGAAGGAAGCAGCCACUAA